GGGAAGAGAUGGAUGUGCAGCAGAAUUCUUUAGCUCCGGACUCAGUUAUGAAAAAGCACAUUUAGAAAACUACAACAGCUCUGAGCUUUUCUCUAAAGAAGAUCAAGAUAUCUGCAUGAAGCAAAUCAAAGAUUUCUCUCAACGGCAAGACAACAGUGACAGCCGAGCUUGAGGGGAAUCGUGGUUCUCUGUCUCAGGUUUUCUCUGAGGAAUAUCGACCGACCUGUUUUUCUGAGAGUCUGCUGUCUUCUCUUCGCCUCCAAGAUGCCUGUGAUGAAGGGUCUCCUUGCUCCACAAAACACCUUCCUGGACACCAUUGCAAACCAUUUUGAUGGCACCCGUAAGUAUAUUUUGGAGAUUUUACUCUUGCCGCUGAAUAACUUAGUUUUUGGCACUUUUAAAGAGCAACUUUAGGAGUUUCUUGAACUAUAUCAUAAAUACGGGGCGUAAAAUAAGAAAAAUAUGUACAUGUUUCUUUGUGCAUACGUCACUAUAAAGAUGUCUGUGUUUUUAAAGCGUUCCUGAAUUGAACUGAAUUACAAUAUUGAUACCUGUAAAUAGAUGAAUUCCAGUUUUUAAUCUGCAACUCUACCACUACCACUGCUGCUUUUAGGAUUUUAGCCUUCGGCAUUUUGUAACCCAGUUUGGUGUUGACUGGCAGUAAAACACAACGGUGGACAAAUGUGUCCAACAGUACCGAGAUCAAGUUAUAAGACUGCAAGUUAUAGCAGCAGACCAGGACUAGAAAUGAGGAUGAUAAUGUGGUCUAGGAGGAUAGAUCCACUUGUAGAGCAAAAGAGCGGCUUGAUAACUGCAUGUGCUUUUUGAGCGCAUGUCUUUCAGGUUUUUUAUUUGUCUAAUACAAAUAUUAUUCAUUCAUAUGGGUGUAAAGAAGACUCUGGUUUGGUUAAUGACAGGCUUCUACAAUUCAUUUUAUUAUUUUUAUUAUUAUUUUAUUAUUCUAUUACCAGAGAGCAGCGUGAUAUAACAGUUAUUAUAACACUGACUCAAACAAAGACUUCCCGCUUAAGAGUUAAGACCCAAAGAAACAAAGCCUUUCUCCAAUCCAUGAGGAUGCUGUUCUUGCUAUUGUGCCUUUCUUCAUCUUAUAUCAUCAGUCCAACAGUUACUGUCUUUAAUAUUGAAAUACGCAGAAAGCUGUGCCAAAAUCUAGACUAUUUCAGACGAGACUCUAAAUAACAUCCUCAUUUUCCCAUUUACAGAGGCCACUCCCUUUGUGGUGCAGGAACCUUUUACUAAAAGCACAGUGGUUCUCCAUAGGUGUAAUUUAGCACAUGCACCUGAAUGUACCUUUAGUGACAGGAGGUAUUCUGCUGUGCACUCUUGUGUGAUUGAAUAUAAAGCCUGACAAUCAUUCAGGCGGUGUUUCUUUUUUAUUUCCAAGCUUAGACAGUAUUAUUCACUCUGACUUUUUGACCGUAGAGACGUGUUAGUUUAUUCUUUGUUCCCUCUCAACCAGUCUAAGUCUGACAGUUCACACCUCUUCUUAGAAUCAGCGCAGAGCAGAGAGACUCGAUGAGGGUGUGACAGAGUGAGAGUGUUUUCGGGUCAGACUGUCAUGUGCAACUUCACCGAAUUAAAAAAUUCAGUGUGAUAACACAACAGCUGUCUGUAUCUCCCUAUUACACACACACACACACACACACACACACACACACACACACACACACACACACACACACACACGCACACACAGAAAAUCUCUUUAUUUCUUUUCCAUGUUGUCUUGUCCUUGAGUUCUGUAUAAAAACAAAAUACACACUCAUAUAAACACAAUCCUUGCAGACCUUUCUUCCAUGUUUUUUACCAGAAGAUCUCUGUAUGUGCGUGUGUGGGUGGAUUUGCCAAGUAGCUGAGUGGGAGGUGAAGGGGCCAAGUGAUUGGAGAUGGCCCCAGAGCAGACAACUAUUCGGUUUUAAAAAUCUGCAUUGAAUACUUGGUGCUAAGCGGGCAGCUUUUCCGUAUGAUGACAUCAUUCUGGAAACAAAAGGCAGCUGAAAGUCUCUUAAAAACUCAUAUCUCAAUCCUGAUGAGUACCAGGAAUAGCCUACCCUCUCUGUGAAUGUGAACAGAAGCUGUGGAGAAGUGGUAUUCACACCAGCCAGGUGUGUGAAGUAGAAAAUUAAUUAAGAUGAAUCCCUUAGAGAACAGAAGCCAAUCAGGUUUUAUCAGAGGUCUUUGAAAGUACUCGUGUGAACAAGUGCUUUGCUAAUGUGUAAGAAACUGAGUCAGCCAAAGACAUGAUUAAACUUAAAUAUCAAAAUUCAUGAAAUGAUAUAUAACAUCUUAGGUAUCAUUUACCCUCCAAACCCUUAAGACCUUAAUUGAUCUGAUCGAACUGCCUCUGUGAUUUUGUAGCACCUGCUGCAGUAUUUUUUCACACCGCACUAACAACAGUGUCCCUCGCUAAUUGCUCGGGUGGGUGUGAGAAUCACAUCUUUUUCUUCCCCACAAGUGCUGUCAUGGAUAAUUAGUGAUGGGGGUCGUUGUGGUGGAGUGAGCCUGAUUAACCCCUUCGGACUCCAUUGCAAUGGACAUGACAUAUUUCUGGCUCUAAAUCAAUAAAAACUUUGUGAACUAAUAAUGUCAGCAGUGCUGAUUGCUGAUUGGAUCCUGAUUAUGCAAUCACAAUCAAGUCAUAACUGUGUGCAAGCCCAGAGUGAGUGACAGAUGUUGGACAAGACAGGCAUGGCUAAGCGACUGGAAAAAGGGAGGAGUAAGUGCUCAUUUUCAGUAAGAAAUAUGAAUUUAUGUUCAAGCAAAUUUGCUCUCCGUAUAAUUUUAAGUAUUAAAAGUGAUAGUAUUUCAAGUCAUCUUGAUUAUAUCUCAUAUCAUUAAUUUCAAGGAUUUUUUCAAAGUCUGAUGUCCAGUGCAAUGGACAUCAGGAGUUAGGCAACAUUAGCCAACACUCACUCACUACUAAUGUCAGUAUGCAAAGAAACAAAACACUUGUAAGCUUUUCAUAGGUAAAGUAUGAUGUCUCAGUUUAUUUACUCAUGUUUAUAAAAUUUUAAAUGUAUAUGUAUUUUUUGUACAUGAUGUUCCUGUAGGGUAUAAAGUCAAAGACUUCCUUUAACAUCUUGUAGAUGGAGAGUUAUCCGAACUUUACUCCUUGAUUUCAGAAAAUGAGGCAGAUAAGACCAGGAGUGAGAUAGUUGGUAAGCUCAGAAGUGUUUUUAAUUCAUAGUAGGAGGUUUAGAGACGUAAUAGUGAUGAAAGUGAUUCACCAACUCGUAGAUUAAAUAAUACAACUAUAUCGGGAUCUACUUGAGAUGCAUUGGUUUGUCAUCCAAGUAUUAACAGUAAAGAACUCACUUACAUUCAUGGAUACACAGUUCUCUGCUAAGUCAGGCAUUUAUGGAUGUUCCCUUGAACAACAUGACACCAUAGAAACAGGCAGCGAGUGGAGAGACAUGAAGGAAAGGGACAGAAUUUGAGUUUAGGUACAAGACCUGUCAUGUGGUGGCAUUUGAUUUGAUUAGGUAGAAAUACACACAGGCUAUUAGGGCUAAUGUGUCGUGGAAGUUUUUACUCCACUUGCAUCUUGAACUAUGGCACCAAUAAGUUUACAUCUUUGGUUAGUUGCAAACUACUCCCUAAAAAAGUCUUCAUUGUCUCCAGUUUAACAGCGUUUUACUAAAUCCUCCCCACUCCUUCAGUAGCUGCUUUCAUUCAAACCUUUUAAACGCCCAGAAGAAGCAGAUACUGCAGAUCCUUUGCAGGCGUCAUCGGUGUUGCAGAGGGCACAGUGUCUUAGUAACCCUGUAAAUGCAAAUUGCAGCCCUGGCAUAUGCUUCAUUUUUUUCCCGUAUCACUAUGGCAACACAAGCUUGGAAAGAUUUUAUUAAGUUUCUUAUGAGAUUAACUGUACUCAUAGCAGGUUAAUAAUAUCCACCAAACUGUUAAGUCCAUAUCAUUCCUCUGGAGAGGAAAAAAAAACACCCUGUUUACACAUGAACCUGCUUGGUUAUGCUUGGUUCAGAGUAAAAAAAAAAACCCACAAUGUAUCACUAACUUUAGCCAUGAUAUAAUUAUAUCAGCAUAGACUCUUGCUAAAUAUUGACAUUAAGUUAUAGUUCUUCGGAGGAAGCACAGAUGUGUGAUACUCAGUAAAAGUGAUGCCGAGAUUUUGCUUUUGUUUCUCCUCACAAGAAUCCACUGAGAGCUUCAUCCUGUGUUGCUUACUUUCACAAAUCAUCCAACAGCACAAAGAAAUAGACUAAAACAGGCCAAGUACCGUAUUUGCCUACUCCAAAUCCUCACAGCCCCCUUGACAGACGAAUGUGGAGAAACAAAGGAAAUGUGCAGCAUCUCACGCAUUAUACUCAAUGAUUUGCAGUUUCAUUAUUAUCUUCUGCUUCUCCACCUACACACACUGCCCCCAAAUGACCUUAAAAGGUCCCAGCAGUUAGAAGUAACUUUUAAUGUUGUGUUUUUCCCCAAAAAAGCCCUUAGUUGUCUCUCUGAAUCAUUUAUUUGAAAGUUUUCAUCUCCGUUAUUGUUUCUCAGUGAUAAAAGCACCCUUCAGACAUAAGCAUACUGUCUUUUGCAUUUUGUACUGCAGUGUGGUGAGGGAAUAGGACUCUUCAGCUGCAACUUCAUAUUUGGCUCUGCAGGAAAGACAAACAAUUCCACUUUUCCUGUGCCUUUUUUUUAACAGAGUAAUAGAAAGAAAAGAUCUAAAUGUCAAAAUGUAUUGAUCUAUCACGAACCAAUUAUUUUCAUUUUGUUUUGCAAAAGAAUUGCUGUUCAAAGCAAAGUAACAGACAACUUUUUUGGAUAGCACUUUAUUUGACGCCUAUCUCUAUAAUGCAUUAUAAAUAUAUGUAUCAUGCUUUAUAAUCACGUUAUAGCACUGUAUAACUAUAGUUGUAAACACUCAGAAAUUAUCAUAAUUCUUAAUAGCAAUAAUCAUAACACAUUGUUAAUACUUAUUGUUAUAAAGCCUUAGUGUUUAUAAUGAUAGUUAUACAAGUUUAUAGGCAAAUUAUAACACAUCAUAAAUAUAUGUAUGAUGCAUUAUCUAUGUGGGCAUUGUCAGUGAGUUGUUAACAUUAUAAUACCUCACCUUGUAAUUCAUGAUGAAAUGCUUAAUAAUGUGUUGUGAUUUUUGCUAUAAAGCAUUAUGAUCAUUUAUGACUGUUUAUAACUAUAGUUAUACAGUGCUAUACAUGAUUAUAACAUUAUACAUCUAUUUAGAAUGUGUUAUAGAGAUAAGCGUCAAAUGAGGCGUUACCCUUUUUUUGCAUAUUGUGUACAUUUUACAUUGAUGACCAUGUCUGGUUCUUCAUUAGCACAAGUAUGACUCCAGUCUGUAUUCAAACAAAUGUAGUCUGAUGUUUUAGUCCUGCACUAAUUUUGGCAUUUAAGUUUCAUUUCUCCUGCUUCCAGGCUUUUUAGGAGGAUGUGCUCCACUGUUCUGCAUUAUACUACUGAGUUUCUGUCAUUUAUACCCCGAUCAUUGAUAGGAGUGAGGAUGAUAUCACUGCAAUGGAAAUGUAACAGCACUAUGAGCCCGAUCCUGUAAAAAUAACUCUUUAAGUUAUGAAACUGUGCUGGAUUGUUGAAACGGAGCGCAUCAGUUCAAGCUAGUAUAUCCAAUUAACCAGCAGUUGCUAGGAAACCAGUUGAGGCAUCAGGGAGGAACUGAUUCACCAGGAUGUGUUUGUGUUUCUCUGGCUGCAUAAAUACUGAAAUCCAUUAUCCGACCGAUGGCCAGAUGAAAACCUGGUUCAAAUGCUGAUUACUGAGAUGACCUCGGUUCCACAUGGAGCCAGAGGAGCCAGAUGAGACCCUGCACACAUCUUCAGACUUCAGACAGACCACCAGCUUACUUCAAAGCUCCUUCUGAUGAUACAGCCAGCACUGGAGACUAUUUUUGUCGUCAGGGCUGAAAACAGAUAACAUGACUCCGAUAAAGUGAAAAAGUUUCCUGUCGAUACAUCAACAAACACAUCAAAUAAAGACUGAUGUGUGAGUACGGAUAGGAGGAAGAAGACACCGUAAUGAUCUCACCCUUCAAAUUUCUCUUGCAGACAGUAACUUCCUGCUGGGAAAUGCAAAGAGUCACCAUGGUCACCCCAUUGUGUACUGCUCUGAUGGGUUCUGUGAACUGACUGGCUUUGUGAGGACUGAGGUGAUGCAGAAAACCUGUACCUGCAGUUUCCUUCACGGAGCUGAGACCAAUGAAAGUGUAAUCCAGCAGCUGGAAAAAGCUUUGGAGGGCCAGCAGGAGUUCCAGGGAGAAGUCUGCUUCAACAGGAAAAAUGGUGGCUUUUAUAUUAUUAUUGUUAUUAUGUUUUUACUGGCUUUUAAAGAAAUCCACUCAUCAUUUUGGUUGUUCUAGUGUCUAGCUUUAAUUUUUAAUGCCCCCAGGAAACUUAUUUUGGUGCCAACUGGAUAUUGUGCCAAUUAAAAACGAGAAAGGUGAGGUGGUUCUGUUCCUGCUGUCCUUCAAAGACGUCAGUGAAACUCAUGGGAAGAGUCGUCGUUACAGCCGAGGAGACGGUGAGGCCUGGCACUGAGACAAUAUUGAACCUAUCAUUUUCAAAAGGAGUGUAAUGCUUUGCUGAAGUAUUUCUCCCUGUUUACUCACAGGUAUGUCAGAAGCUGCUCAAGAGAACAGGAAGACCAGCCGGUCACACUUUUCCCAGGCCCGAGAGAGGGGGCGGACCAUCCUGAACCACCUCUGCAACCUGUUCACCAAGAGGGGCAAGAGGAAAAUGACCAGUGUGAGUGAACACCGAAAUGCUCAUCAGUGAACCUACGAUAUACAGUACAUAUUAUUUUAGGAUAUUUUACUGCUGAGCUUUGCUAUCUAACUUGAAAUAAAAGCACCUUUAGACAUGAAUAAAUGUAUUCACAUGAUGAUGAUGAUGAUGAUGAGGAUGAACACGAGCAAUCAUUGCAAGGGAUCCUAACCCCAUGGAGACCCACAGUGUUUCACACUGUGCUAAUCAAUUCAUGGGAGCACCAACUCACCAUGAACUGAAUUAAACCUGCAUAUUUGUCGUUUUUUAAAUGUGACAUCUUUUAUCUUAAGAAUUCAUAAUUAUCUUUCAUUCAUCCUUGAUUUGGGAUAGCCUUGAAUACAAUCAGAGCACUUCCACUGUCGGGCUUUUGCAUAAUGAGCUUUUUCUCUCCAACAGGGCACAAUCAGCACUGACGGAUCAAAAUAUCCAGACCUCAUACUUGGCGUUAUUACUUUUCUUUUCUUUUAAAACCUUGAGGACUUUGAGUCCUUUCGUUGUGUCUUUCAGAGUGUGUUCCAGAAACCGUCUCUACCAGAGUACAAGGUGGCAGCUGUGAAGAAGUCCCGUUUCAUCCUGCUGCACUACAGCAUCUCCAAGGCCUUGUGGGACUGGCUCAUUCUCCUUGCAACUUUCUAUGUCGCUGUGGCCGUGCCCUAUGACAUCUGCUUUGUCAGUCAUGAUGAAGGCAGCGAGCAUCACUCUCUCAUCAGUCGCAGCACUAUAGGCACGGACAUAGCAGUGGAGAUGCUCUUCAUACUUGGUAGGACAUCUUCAGAACUGCUUUAAAUUUAAGUCCCACUCCAACUGCAUUUUUUUUUUUACUUCUUAAAGUGUUCUCAGUGGUCUUUCAACUGUGAUUAUGAAGUUUUUAGCCAAAAUCAAGUAACCCGUGCCUUUUUUAAGGGCUUUUCUUCUGUAGAGCUCCAGUAGCUCCCUAGCAAUUCGCCUCUGAGUUGUGGGCAGAGACAGCGCUCCACUGCACACUCCUCUUCCUGCUAGCUUGUAGCUUAACAUUGCUUGUGUAGUAAAAGUGGAAGGUAACAUAGGAGCUAUUCAGCUCUGAGACACUAAUGUCUUUGGGGACAUGAUGAAAGGUAAUAUCAUUAUUAGCUUUCUUACGAACAUUGCAAUCCGCUAACGCACAUGCUUGUUCCGCGAUCGUCCUCUCCACUUUUAGGUCUGGCCUUUAGGGGCGGGGCUUGCAGUUGUGACGUAGGAAAUCUCACUGUAUCUGAACCUGCUGUUCGGGUCUACCAGAGAUUCACAGUGAUUUGAAUGAAGAAAUACUCAGAAAUGCAAUUUUGCACUCAGUUUUCUCAUAUGUCCUUUAGCAUCAGAAAAAUGCCAUAUGAACAUGUAAACAACAAGAAAAACAUGAUUUUCAUCGGAGUGGGUCUUUAAUUUUCUCAUUGUGUGCUUACAUUGAGGCCAUUUUGCCUCAUGAUUUUUAUUUUUCUUAUGGUAGAAUUAUGCUUCAAAAAAAGCCAUCAGCCCUCUUCUCUUCAAUACACCAUCUACUGUGCUCUAUUUUCCUCCAGUAAGAAGCUGUUAACCAGUGGAGUUAUAAAUUCCAACAUUUCCCACUCUGACUGCAUGUCACACACCAGCAGGCAUUCCUGUUUAUGGUCUUGUCUUGAGCAGCAUUACAGAAAGACAACAAUGUUCAGCUCAAAUUAAGUAAAACUGUAUUUCCAGUGCAACUGCACUGGUUUCCGUGGUGAUGGCCAACCCUUAAUGAAACCUCCCACCUUUCCUCACCCACGCAGGGUGUCUCCGUUGCCCCAGGUUACCAAUCAUAAUUAGAUUUCUCUCACUUCGUCCCACUUUACCUCCAAAGGAAGUGUGAUAGCACAUCUGUCAGGAGACUGUCUGACUUAAUCGUUCCAGAAGUUUUGUCCGGAGAUUUCGAGACACAUUCAGGUCUGGAAAGACCCCAGUUACUGCCUGCUGUCUCUCUCUUUGUGAAUCACCAGACAGCCAAUUUCAGUAGACCACAGCACCUGAAUCUACUUAUUUAGACUCACCAGUGCCCUCCAUCAAUCCUACUGAAAAAAUGGGGUUGCCACGUCAAACGUCACAUAUACAGCCUGGGAUAUUGUGUCCAUUUUUCCUAUCUUGGGUCACAAUGUGUCAAGUUAGAUAAGCACUGAUAUGGAGCUAAAGAGGGCUUCUUUAGAGCAACACUAAACUCCCUAUCAUGUGUUUCAUUAUAUUAUUCCUGUUUUGUGAUAGCCUUUCCUGUUUCUGUCUUACUUUAGAUAUAAUCCUGAAUUUUCGUACAACAUAUGUAAGUCAGUCAGGUCAGGUGGUGUACGAUACCCGAUCCAUUUACCUCCAUUACUGCACCACUUGGUUCUUUGUGGAUCUGAUAGCAGCCCUGCCGUUCGAUCUUCUCUACGUCUUCAACAUCACAGUGGUAAGAUAAUUGUUUCACAUAAUUCAACUUGCCUCCUUUUUUUUUUUUUUUCCGAGUCCCUAACUAACGUUCAGACCGGUCACUAAAGUUUUAGAGCUAUCGGGCUGGAGAUGAUGAUUCCUCCAAAUUGAAGCACUGUGCCGAGCUCUCUUGUUUAUUUGCAACACGAGUACUUCUCAUGGAUAAGUACUGCUGUGCCUCAGGCUUGUUGUGACCUUUGAGGACCCCUCAAACUACAGCCUUGUUCGUUUUUGACUCUCAUUAAAACUUUUCUAGUAAUAGUAACAUUUGUUUAAGUUCUUGUCAGUAUGAGCUUCUUAAAGGCAGGCAAUGAGGCAUGGAAGAUAUAUAUAUAUAGAAGAUAUAGACUUCACCUUUUCAGCUGUGUAAGUGUAAUACCAAUGGCGUGAUCUACAUGUUUACGAGAAUACAUUUUAUUAAAAAGUUCCUCUCUGUGUCUGUUUGUUCAGACCUCACUGGUGCACCUACUGAAGACAGUUCGUCUGCUGCGCCUGCUGCGCCUGUUACAAAAACUGGACCGUUACUCCCAGUACAGCGCUGUGGUCCUGACCCUGCUUAUGUCAGUGUUUGCUCUGCUGGCCCACUGGAUGGCCUGUGUGUGGUAUGUUAUCGGACGCCAGGAGAUUGAGAGCAGUGACCCUGUUACCUGGGACAUAGGUGAGUGCAUUAUUUUUAUUUGGCUGCAUGAGUGUUUUCUUUUUUCCAGCACCUCUAAGUCAGGAGUUCAAAAUUAUCCUUACUGGUUUAAUUUUGCUGACACUGUUUCUUGAGGCAACCACAGUGGACCAGUGCAGCACAUCUCUAGCCAUGCUUGAAUGCCUAAAAGCAUCAUUUCAGCCUCUGGCUUUCCUCCUCUUGAUCCAGAGGAUGUCCAGGUCACAGAGCAAUUCCAUUAUAUCACCAGAAAGGCAUUAUAUUGGUCUAAAUGAUAUCUACUGUCCCUCAUCGUAUCUCCUAAUAAGAGAGAAAUUGUCAUCUGAGUGAACUGAAGAAAAACAUUUAACCACUGCUUUCUAAUUAUUUAGUUUACUCAGUUUAGAGACUGAGAGCUGUUUCUUUGGUACCAUUUUCUGACUCCACCAGGCUGGCUUCAGGAACUGGGAAAGCGUCUGGACACACCGUACAUCAACAGCACCAUGGGUGGUCCCUCCAUGCCAAGUGCCUACAUCGCUUCGCUCUACUUCACCCUCAGCAGCCUCACCAGUGUUGGUUUUGGUAAUGUGUGUGCCAACACAGACGCAGAGAAAAUCUUCUCCAUCUGCAUCAUGCUCAUUGGCGGUGAGUUUCCUGCUGCUGGUAAAAUGAUCACAGUCAUGAUCAGAGUUCAGGGGUCAUCCUAAUAAACUGUUCCAUCUCCAGCUCUGAUGCAUGCAGUCGUCUUUGGUAACGUAACAGCCAUCAUCCAGCGGAUGUACUCCCGUCGGUCUCUCUACCACACCAGAAUGAAGGAUCUCAAGGAUUUCAUUCGGGUGCACCGGCUUCCUCAGCAGCUGAAGCAGAGGAUGCUGGAGUACUUUCAGGCCACCUGGUCGGUUAACAAUGGCAUCAAUGCCAACGAGGUGGGAAAAUAUAAAAACUAAGUCUUCUUAUGUUUCUGUUGGCCAUGGUGAUUUUACGAUCUUCAUACCCUCUAAUGUUUUGUUCCUUUUGCAAAGUUUAUUUUUGUGUAUUGCAUUCACCAAAAAAAAAAAAAAAAGGAAAAGAACACUGUUUCUCAGCGUAAUUUCUUCUGUUCUGUUCUUUGGACUAUAUGUUGUUUUGUUUUGUUUCCUUAGACUAAUUGUUUUUCCUAUUCUCAAGGAUCACGAUCAUUUAAAAACAGACACUUUCAUCCCCCUCUGCUUGAUUCAUUGGAAGCAAACAUGGCCCAUGUGUUUAGUUUAAUCAACUUUUACUUUGUUUUGGGUUUGAAAACUGGUAUUUACUCCUUUCUUUAAGUAAGAUAGAUGGAAUAGUCAUAAGUUUGUCUAAUUUGUGCAGGCACCUCAGGAUUUGCAUGCCCGAUGUUUAACUAAUAACAUGCUUUACUCUCAUUGACCCCAUAGUCAAAGUUAUCUAGGAGCUGGAGAAUCCGUUAAGUUGGAUCAGCCCUGGUGGUUGAUAUUAUCUGAUUGUAUUAAAUACUUGCACGAUUUUGAAGUAUCUCACUUAGUCAGGGAAAAAAAAUAGUACAAAAAACAGAAUAAAUAUUUGUCCAAAAAGCAGAAAGAGGGGGAAAUAUAUUAGUACAAAAAAGCAGCAGAAAAUAAAUAGUCAGAAAAACAGAAAGAAGAAAAAAAUACUUAAAAAGACAGUUUCCUUUUUUUUGUAAGUUCCUGCCAGUGACUUACAUAUCAGAUAAUUGCCUGUGCUGGUCACAGACAUUUCUUUGUCAUGCAGAAAAAAAACCAAAAAACAUUUUGUUGAGAUACAAAACUUGAGUUUCAGAAAUGUCAUCCUCAAAUUUGGGUCACCUUAAAUCCUCCAGAGUUUCAUUCCAUUUUCCUAAGUAGACAGCACUUUGUUUCAGAUAGAACUUCUGUAACAGUAGCCAGAGCAGAUCCAGGAAAGUUCUCUGUAAUUACAAGAGUAGGAGUUAUAAUAAAGAGAAUACUCAUUAACACCCCCACCACCACCAUCUGCAAAUAAUUCAUGCACUGUUAAAGGUAUCAGACACAGCCUCUGGUUUCUAAAACAAGCUGCCUUUAACACCUCACGUCAUUUUACUGAACUGCUUGGCAUAUCAUCAUAUGAAUGCAUUGACCUGACAUUUUUCAGUUUUUGCACACUUCUGUUUCAAAGGUGGAAAAAUACUGUAAUUAUGUUAGUUAUUAAACAUAGAGGUGACAAGGGGGAGGAGAGACCAUGACUAUCUUACAGCAUUUGUGUUCCUGAUCUAAAUCUAGAAUACACCCUCUUUACAAAGAUGUCUUUAGCACCCUCAUUAUAUGCUUUAAUUUAUACCAAUGCAGCAGUUAGCUUUCAACAACUUAAAGUUUCCCAACAAGCUUCCCUGAAUUUUCUCUGACCUUUGACGGGUAGAUCCUACUGCUGUGUAAGCUGGGACAUUGAGAUGCUCCUGAUGCAAAAUUUCAAUCCAAAAGUAAACUUUACAAAGUAGUCAUUUAGUAACAGUUUAACUGUUUCAAAUUUUCUUGUAUGGAUUUCAGUUAUAGAUAAAGAACUGUAUUGUGCUGAAACAUUAACAGCCAAAUCUUCUGAGCAUCACUUACCAUUUCCACGUAUCUAAAAGACACCACAUUUCCAAACGUUGGCUGAAUACUCUGUUCUGUGACCUUUUUUAGCUGCUGCAUGACUUCCCAGAUGAACUGCGAGCCGACAUCGCCAUGCACCUGAACAAAGACAUCCUGCAGCUGCCUGUAUUUGAACGAGCCAGCAGGGGCUGUCUGCGUUCCCUCUCCUUGCACAUUAAAACCUCCUUCUGUGCACCAGGGGAAUAUCUUAUACGACACGGAGACGCCCUACAAGCAAACUACUUUGUCUGCUCCGGGUCUCUGGAAGUUCUGAAAGAUGGAAUGGUCCUGGCCAUACUGGGUCAGCAUUAAACCUUUCCUGCCUCACUUAUUCUAUACCCCUCAGCUAUAAUGUGCAUCUUACUGUUAUACCUUUAUUGUUACUGACAAUCCUCACAGGUAAAGGCGACCUAAUCGGGGCUGACCUCCCAGAGCAGGACAAGGUGAUUAAGACCAAUGCAGAUGUUAAGGCGUUGACUUACUGUGACCUGCAGUACAUCAGCGUCAGGGCUUUGAGGGAGGUCCUGGGGUUGUACCCAGAGUAUGGCAGCCGCUUCAGCUCUGACAUUCAUCAAAACCUCACCUACAACCUGAGAGAAGGCAGUGAAGCUGAAGUAAAACAUCUUUUAUGAAAUUAUUUUUUUCCACCUAAUAGGACUGUGUGUUAAUCCCUUGUUGAUUCUGGUUUUGAUACUUUCAGGGUGGGAAAAAGUUUCCAUGGUCGUCUCGGCUGUCACAGGUUUGUGUGUACUUGUAAUUAUUUUGGCCUCAAUCAGCUCUAAAAGGGAAAGUACUGGUACUUCCUUCAAUUUUAAGGAACCGAGAACUUUUGCACCCCUGCAUCACCAUGCUACUCAGUUUUCCAUCAGGUUGUAUAACUAUAGGUCUAUAUAGUGGCUUUGGUGUGUGAAGAAGUCAUUAGACCUUCACAGAAGGACUCUACUGGACUCCACUUCUAUAACACAACAGAAACAGAAUCCAGUUUGGUUUGAUGUAUCACAUGCAGUUUGUUCUUCUAGGGUUAGCUUUAGCUUCUGGAGCUAUUAAAGAGGUAUCAGAAAAAAAAAAGCAUUUUACUCCCUUUUUUAUGUGUAUUUUAUGAAACACCAAGAAAAAAAGAAACAUGCUGUAUUUUUUAAGCUACAGACACAAACUUAGUUUUAAAAUCAGUAACAUCUCCAUAAUGCUCAUCACUUCCCUUUGCAUGUGUUAGACUGUUAGUUUGACUCAUCCUUUUAAUCAAGUAAAAUGAAGAUAUUCAGUGUUGCAGAAAAGUAAAGCUGGCAAAACUAAGGAUUUAAAUAUUCAUUAAAACCUGUGGGAGUGCAUGUGAGAGACAGAUAGUUAAUGUGUGUUUUUAUUAAAAUCAUUUGAGACCAUAUGGACUGUAACAGAUGUUUAAUAUUCAAACUGUCUCCAGAACUGAUUUGACAAGAAAAACAAGCCAAAAUAAAUCACUGGAAGUAGCUUAAGUUACAAAUAACUUUUCUAACAAGUAGCCUAACAAGAAAAAGUGUAUGACAAUCAGGCUCAUCUGACCCUGUGUCUAGGAGUUUAUGCUACCUACCACAUGGCUUUAGCUGGUGAAGGAAACACCUUACAUACAUACUUGACAAGUGAGGUAACACCCAAUUGGGUAAUCAUGAGACUUACUUUUAAAUGAACGAGUGCAUAAAUUAACGUAAGAUUCCUUUAAGAGAAACCUUAAAGAGGGUUGUAUGACAUCUUUACGUACACUGUAAAAAAGAUUGUAAUAUAACAGAAUUUUACUGUUUAUUUAACAGAUUUUUUUCUGUAUUUUUAAAAUACCAUUUAAUUUACAAAAAAAGUGUGAUUUAACAUGUCAAAUGUAAAAUAACAUGAAAUCACUGUAACUAUAAAAAACACACAAUAUUUUCGUUCUUUUACAAAAAAAAAAACAUUAGAAAAACAAAAACUGUAAGAAAAGGGGAAAAAUCAUUUAAAAUUAGUUAAUUAAUUUUAAAAUUAAAAUUAUAUUUUAAUAUUAAAAUAGCUGUUUAAUUUGUAAUUUUACUAUAAUUUCUUUGUUAAUUGACUUAUGUUGACUAAUGAAUAAUAUGCAAAACAAACAGUUGGACUUGAACUUAGGGCUGCUGCCUCUGCUUAUGGGGCAGCAGCACUACCAAGUGAGCUGCAAUGAAAUGCUUUCAAUAAAGCAUUUUACUGAUAGAUGUGCUGCUACUUUAUUACAGUUGCUGCUUCAGAACUGAACCAGACGCACUGUUUUAUUUGAUUUCUGUUUUAUUAAAGAAAUCUAAAUUUUGUCCAUCACUUGUCUUUCUAGGCUCGAGGCUCUGUGGACCAUAAAGUGCCCUUUAUAAUUGAGGCAGAUGAUGUGGAACUUGGAGAAGACAUGACACACCACCAGCAGAGGAAACUUCCUCUGUUACAAGAAGUAGGAAGCUCGGUUAGUCAGCCCUGCCUCAGCACCCUGUUAGGAGAGGAGCUGCGACACAUCAAUGCUCUCCGGCUGUGUCGCUCACCCGUUCAGGGCGGCAGAGGUAACAGCCCCUCUCCUCAGCUGUUCUGCACUGAGGAGCUCUCUCCGUCUCCUCUGCCUGGUCUUACAAGUGACUCAGGCUUGAACCAUCGACCUGCCAAGCUGCUCAUGCCCUCCAUACCUUGUGUUAGUCCACUGAACCUUAGCCCCAGGUACCCUGUUCAUUCUGCCUCACCCACAUAACAACUGACAUUUCUUUUUAAAUGUAUCUAAAAAUAUUACUAAUUUGUGUAUCCACUAGGGUUGUGGAUGGAAUAGAAGACAAUGGACAUUCAUUUCAGUUUAACAUGGAGCAGUGUGAGAGAAAGACCACCAUAACAGGUAAAGACUGCAAACAAAAGUCAAUCACAAUGUGCUGAAGGAAAGUUCUUCUCACUGAAUAAAGAAACAUACUAAACUUGGACAUUUUCUGACUUAUUUUAUUUAGCUAUGUUGACCCACAUUCAUAAACUUACUCAUCCGGAAUAAGAUUUCCAUACCAUUGUCUGUGUAGUGGGUUACUUCAGAUCAGCUCUAUUUCUCUAUAUUUCAUCAUAGACCGCUUCCAGGUGAGUGCCAACCUGCUUCUAGAGACAGAGGAAGUGAGACAGAAUGUCAGCACACUUAAUAAAGAGGUACGAGGUCAAUGUUACACCUGAUGUGGUUGUAAAUAUCACUGCAUGAAGUGCUUGGCUGAAUGAAAAGAAGAAAAUAAACAUUCAGAAGAAAGUUUUUUUGUUUGUUUUUUAAGGAUGGAUAGAUCUUUCUUUUUUCCACUUCCAGGUGAGCAACUUGAACCAGGAAGUGUCCAGCCUGGCCAAGGAACUCCACAACAUGAUGCAUUUCCUUCAGUCUCACACAGCAAUGCUUCAUCACCCCACGACAGUCCAAAUGGCUUCCAGUCCUAGUGUGACCGUCUCCAGCAGCCGGCAGCCCCAUGUCCCUUUAAAUAUCUCCACUGGACUGCACCUCCAUCAUGAAGCGAUCAGCCACCCGGCCAGAAACGUGUGGGGCUACAGCGGAGUGUCCUCCCAGAUUGGAAGUACCUCUCUGCUACAGUCAGCAAGCCCUAUGUCAUCUGGUUUGCAUCUGUACUGCUCUGAUAGAAAAGGGACCACAGCCCACAGGUUACAGGGCCAAUGUGGCCCCUUCCAAACCUCCAGAACAACUCCAAACUCCCCCUAUAUGACCCAUCCACAUGCACGAGUAGGACCCCCUCUCUUCAGUCCUGCCCUUAGUUCUUACCCAGUCAUCUGUCAAGCCUACAAUGCUUUCAUCCCUACUCUCAGCAACUCUCAUCCUAUAUGUUCCCCAGUGAAUUCAGGCUACCCCCACUCACCUCUGAGUGUCCAAACCAGCUCUGAUCCACCACAAAACCAGAACAACCCCCAGACACCCAUCCGUUCUUCCAUCACUCACUCUGGCCUGCCGCAGUAUCACACCACCUUCAGCUCACUCAGCCCAUUAAGGGUCCAUGCUUCAGUUUGUACGGGUCACAGUCAAAGCCAUCCGGGUGCCAUCGGUGGCCCCAGACAGAGUGAGCCGGUAGGAUCCAGCCCUAUGCACCGCGUACGCGAUGUUUCAUAUUCUUUGCUGGGGCAGGUGAUGGAUAGAGACUGUGGAGCUUCACUGUAUCAAGAGAGGUUAGACAAAAUUGAAUAUCAGGACAUGAGCAGUACUCUAACUGUGGAAGUUCAGUCACCUCCACUGGACAUGGAGGGAAUACAGACUCCACAAUAAUGGCCUCUGUAACUUGUACUGCAUGAUAUUAACUUAACCGUACCUUCAAAGACUGUGGGAGCUCAGAUUCCAUCCAAUAAAAUGAUCUCUGAUCUCUCUCCCUUCUGCCAUUACUAUGAGAGACACUUGUACAGAGUAUUUUUCAUGUUUUAUAUGAAAUUAUCUAUUAUCAGAUGCUAUUGUUUGACACUAAUUUCUGUUCUGCAAGUAAUGUCAAUGGGGAGAAAUGGGGAGAUGGUCUAUUAUAGGACAUGCAGAUGCAAAACCUUUCCUGAGGCAUUUUAAUACAUAGGAGAAUUUUUGACCAAAGCCUGAGAUGCAGUUAACAGCUUUGAGAGUACAGCACCACUAAGUGGUGAUGGAUGGUUACAACUUUCCAUCGCUCAGCAUGAAAAAAAAACAUGAUCUACUUUCUUGGUAAGAUAAUAAGAUUUAUAAACAGGUAAAGAAUAAAGAGAAGAAUAUGGUAACAAACUCUUAAGUUAAAAAGAAAAUAACAUUGUUUUUUAAUGCAUAUGCCUGCUGGGAUACUUUAAUACUUUUCUCUUUUUUCAUCACCUUUACAUUUCAGCCUUUAUGAAACAACUAUACAUAUCUACCUGACCAUGGCUGCACUGUGCAUGUGGGAUUUCUCUGAUUCAAAAAGAUGAUUUCAAUGUUUUGUUUCAUUUCAAAAUGAAAAAAAUAUACAUCCAUGCAGUUGUCCUGCACAACUUUUCCACCAGUAGCCCUUCAAAAUCACACAUAUCCAAGUCUGAAACUUUACUGAACUUUAAGAUAUGAAGGCAUAAUCUAAAAGUUUACCUUAACUUAAAAAACAAAACAAAAAAAAACAAAAAAAACCUGUUAUUUAUCUAUUUAUUGUACUUCAGAAAUCCCCUAGGAUAAUGUCCAGUGCUCUUCAUCAGGGAGCAGAGGAGUUUUGGCAUUACCAUGAAAGCUGCCAAAAACAACAACAGACGUGUUAGUGUUGUUUUAUUUGAUCUGAAAGGAAACUUGUGUCUGAACUUUGUUGAAGGAAGUCAAGUGUCCUUUUGGACAAUACAAAUUCAGAAGCUCUAAUCAGGGUGCAAACUUCCUACAGACUCUCCUAAAUAGGCUUUCCUCAGCUAUCACAUCUGAAUAUCAGAAUACUUGAUAUUUUGCAUGCAUUGAUAUAGAAUGAAUAUUUGUUAGUCUCCAAAUAUUCUAAGACCAUCUGUUAAGCUAUUGAUUGUUAUCUAAAUGUUUUUUUCUAAUUAAUUUUCUGUCAAGAUAAAUAAAACUGAAGCAAAAAUUCCUGCUUUAA